CCUGUCCAUCUGUGGGUGGCCAAGGACGGUCUCUCACCUUGAAGUUUGCAUUUGGUGACAUGGAGGGACUGAGCCCUGCACGCAGAGGCCUUUUGGCAAAGCCAGCGACUGCCAGCCCCAGUCUGUCCUCACUGGGUGCUGUCUUCAUCCUCCUGAAAUCGGCGCUAGGGGCUGGCCUGCUCAACUUCCCCUGGGCCUUCCACAAGGCCGGCGGGGUGACCCCUGCCUUCCUGGUGGAGCUGGUGUCCUUGGCCUUCCUGAUCAGUGGGCUGGUUAUCCUGGGCUAUGCCGCCUCCGUCAGUGGCCAGACGACCUACCAGGGUGUGGUUGGAAGGCUGUGUGGACCAGCCAUUGGGAAGCUGUGUGAGGCCUGCUUCAUCGUCAACCUGCUCAUGAUCUCCGUGGCCUUCCUCAGGGUGAUCGGGGACCAGCUGGACAAGCUGUGUGACUUCCUCCUGCCCGGUGCUCUGCUGGCCCUGCCGCCCUGGUACGUCGACCAGCGCUUCACCUUGACCCUGCUCUCCGUGCUGGUCAUCCUGCCCCUGUCUGCCCCGAGGGAGAUCGGGUUCCAGAAAUUCACAAGCUUCCUAGGCACCCUGGCCGCCUGCUACCUGGCCCUGGUCAUCGUGGCGCAGUACUACCUCGGGGCCCAGGCCCUGGUGCGGGAGCCCCGCCCUGCCCUGAGUCCUUCCUCCUGGGCCUCCGUGUUUAGUGUCUUCCCCACCAUCUGCUUUGGAUUUCAGUGUCACGAAGCGGCUGUCUCCAUCUACUGCAGCAUGCGCAACCAGAGCCUGUCCCACUGGGCCCUGGUCUCCGUGCUGUCCCUGCUGGCCUGCUGCCUCGUCUACUCGCUGACGGGCGUUUACGGUUUCCUGACCUUUGGGACGGAAGUUUCUGCUGACAUCUUGAUGUCCUACCCGGGGGACGACGGAGUCAUCAUCGUUGCCCGAGUCCUCUUCGCCGUCUCCAUUGUGACCGUCUACCCCAUUGUGCUCUUCCUGGGCAGGUCGGUGAUGCAGGAUUUCUGGAGGAGGAGCUGCUGCCAGGCAUGUGGGCCCCGGGCCCUGGCCGACCCCUCAGGGCUAGGGGUCCGGAUGCUGCUGACCGUCCUGUGGGUCACCGUGACGCUCGCCAUGGCCCUGUUCCUGCCAGACCUCAGCGAGAUCAUCGGCAUCAUCGGCGGCAUCAGCUCCUUCUUCAUCUUCAUCUUCCCAGGUCUGUGCCUCAUCUGUGCCAUCAGCACCGAGCCGAUAGGACCAUGGGCCAGGUGCUGCCUGGAGGUCUGGGGAGUGGUGUCCGUGCUCGUCGGCACCUUCAUCUUCGGGCAGAGCACGGUGGCAGCUGUUCUGGAGCUCUUGUGA